ACAUUUACCAGUAUUAAAAUUAAUGGCACCUACUUUAGCAAAAUUUCAGCUUUACAUAGGUCAAGAACCACCUGAUGAAUACUUGGAUAAGGUUAUUCAGUCAUGGGCAUAUCUUGAAGGACAUAUCCCUAAAAUAAUAGAAGCUCCAGUAAUUUCGCAAUUACCCGAUACACAAAAAAUGAUUGAUGAGGCAUUAGCAAAACAAAAAUCCAAUUACGAUGCUGAGAUAGAAAAAUUGAGAAAGGAAGUUCAAUCCUCAAAAGCGCAGAAAACACAGGUACCAGUUCUGCAAACUAUUGAAUCGGUUAGACAGCCAAGAGGCCCCCCAUCAAAUUUAAAAACAGAUAAAGAUUAUGAAGAUUAUUAU